AUGGCGAGACCGUCACCCUACAGCUGGAACUGGAACCGCAAGUUUUCUGUUACGGCCGACCGAGCAAAUGAGCUGCCCAAGGAAGAGCGUCUUCGUCGCCUGGAGCAUUGGCAGGAGCUCUGGGAUGAGAAGUCCGGAGACAAGGUGGCCAUUGCGGUCACCGCUUUCUUGGAGGAGGCUACAAACUGGCACUUCAAGUACAGCAUUCUCAAUGAGGUGGGCGACUACAAGUUCAGGUUGGAAUACGUGUCCUCGCAGGGCACGGCUGUGGCGAUUUGGGAGUGGCAAGAGAGCAACCCCUUCGAUUCAAGCUCCGCGUGCGCGGAUGUUGAGAAGGAGGAGUCAGACUACGACCGGAAGAAGAUCAUCAAAGGCUACUCCAAGGACUGUCCAGAGUGCCAGGUUCCCGAGGAGUGGGGGGACUUCAUCGGUCUCUUCCGCGUUUGCAACGCGAAGAAGAAGGGCUAUUGCCGCGGCUUCAGCAAAUGCCCGUUCGACAUGGCUGCAGGUGGAGGGGCUUCGAAGAAGGAGAGCGAUAGCCCCACGAGCUACCUGAAGUAUGGUGUUGGCAUCACCGGCGGCGACGUCAUGCGCAUGCACACAGAGGGCAUGCCGUUUGCCAUGGAGACAAAGCUCUCCGUCUGGUAUGAGAAGUAUGCCGACUACUGGAAGAGCCGAGGGAAAGCUCGGAAGGACGCGGAUCUUCUGAGAAGCCUGAUGAUCGCCCAGCAGUGCAACGGCACUCGUCUUCCUUGUCGUGGAGAAGGCGAUAAGCCUUGUGAGCUUGCGGGCGGUGACUGUGUCAACGUCUUCCACGGUUGCGAUGGAGGCUUCAAGCAGUGCAAGGUCGUUGAGGUGAACAAGCGCGUGUCCACCUGCAAGGAAGGCAACCCGUGCUAUGCAGCAUGCGUGGGCCGCCUCCUGGAUGGAGACAGGUGUGAGGACCAUGCGCCUCUAGACUGUCAAGGCGGCUACGUGAUUCAGUGGACUGGGCGAACGAAGGAGAAGCCAGGGCAAGCGAUAGGCAAGCGAUGCAUGAUCAACCCGGCCGAUCCCAGGACAUGCACCGAGAAAAAGGACGACCUCGGAUGUGUAGCCAUCCUCUCCGAGGACGAGGAGGAGACUUACUUCAAGUGA